AUGAAAUUCCCUAAGAGGAUGGUCAAAGGCUGUAUGCUACGGAUGGGUUAUGAUGGUGCUCUAAACAGUGCAAAUUACUUGAAGUCAAAGUUUACAAAGCCUUACAAGUUUCUAAUUCAUUCAGUAUUGCAAUCUUUGAGUCAUUGCAAGGGAGGUUAUGAUGCUAUGAGAGACUAUCAGAUGAAUAUGGUUACAACUCUUGUAUUGAACAAGAAGUACAACUUCUCACACAUUGUGUUUCAUUAUAUGGCUGAGAACAUUACGUCAAAGAGUAAGACUUGGGUGUAUCCAAGAUUUGUUCAAAUGAUGAUAGAUCAUGCAUAUCCGGAUCUUGAAAGAGAUGUAAACAAUGAUCUGUUGGUACAAUCCUACAUGAGUAAUGAUUCUUUGAAACAGUUAGCCAGAUAUCAUCCAAAUCAUCCUGAGCCAAAGAAGAAAGCUGAAUUUUUUGGUUUCAUCAAGGAUAAGAAUUAUGUUAAUCCAGAUCCUGUUAAUCAUCAGAACUGGAGAAAUGAAGAAGAGAUGAAAGAAGCUGGUUAUGCUGAUGAAUUAAAGGCACUUGAAGAAUUCAAAGGAACUCGAAAUGAUUGGUUCGUAAAAGAACAAAAGAAGAGGGGCAGGAAAGAUACUCCUAAAGCAGAGGGUUCGUCUUCUCAACCCAAAAAGCGUCCAAAGAAAGCUGCUAAAACAUUGCUUGUUGAUGAAUCAGAAGCUGAAGCUGAAGCUGAAGCUGAAACUGUAGUGAAUGUGGGAGUUGACGUUCGUCUAUCUCCUAAUUCUCAAAGUUUAUUGAAAAAGCUUAAUGUGUUUAAUGAUCAGAAAGAUAAAGCAGCUGGUGAAGAAGAAGGUGAUGACGUAAACAAAAGUACUACAAGUUCAUCAAGUUCUUCUGAAGAUGAGAUUGAUGAGACUGAGCGUUAUAAGAAAGUCAUGUCUGCUGUUGAGAAAGAGAGACAGAAAAAGAGGAAAAGGAGUGGUAAAUAUGAUGAUGAUGAAGUGUACAUUCCUUCUCAAGAAAAAGUUGAAGUUGUUCAAACACCGCCAUCAUCAGGUGGUAAGAAGAAAGCUGGUGCAAGAAAGAGAAUUGUUUCUCCGAAGAUGAAAAAGCCUUUGAAGAUCGUGCUGAAAAAGAAACCUACCCAAGAACCUAGUAAACCACCAUCACCACCACCUGAACCUAUACCACAUCAAUCACCAAUACAUUCACCACUUCACCAAUCACCCCCAAAACAACCUACUCCACCAAGACAACCAUCACCAUUACAUCUCUCACCACCUCAUUCACCACCACAUAUUCAUUCUGUUACACCACCACAAGAACAAACUUUACUUUCUUCACAACCAAUAUUCCAAACACCACCACCUUCACAACCACAUGUUCAAACCACACCUGGAUCUUCUGGAUACAAAUCUUUUCCAAAUAUUCCAAUUGAAGGUAUUUCUCUUGAAGAGAUUGGAGAUUUCAAUUUUGCAAGUGAUGUACAAGUUAAGGAUGUUGAAAAGAAAGUUGAUAAAGUGUUGGUUGAAAACAAGAGAUUGGCAGAUCGUGAGAAAAUUCUUGAAAUGCGUGUGAAGAAAGUUGAGUCUGAAAACAAAUCAUUGCAGAAGAAAAUAGAAGCAGAUCAAACUGAAAUUGAUAUUUUGAAGGUUAAAGUGGCAGAGCUAGAGGAAGAAAAGGCAUGUAGAGAUGAACAAAACAAGUAUCUUGAAUUGAAAAACAAAGAACCUGAAGCUGCCAAAGCGGUGAAAGAUCAUGAGCUGUAUAUGGUGAACAAAAUUCUUGAAAACAUGCUCGGGAAGUCUAUAGAGCAAAGGUUUGAGGAGAUAGAGGUUGAAGAAGUUAGAGCAAAGCGUCAAGCAGAGAUUGAUGCUCAAAUGAAAGACAAAGGAAAAAGUGUUGAAAGUUCUUUGAAUGCUGAAAGGUCAAUAGUUUUAGCUACUGAUCCUGAGUCUCCUAUUCAGAAUCCUGUUCCUAUAUCUUCUGUGUCAGCUAUCUUUGAAGAAAAUAUAUCACUUGAAGAUAUUAUUGCUGAUGACGAUGAAGAGGAUGAUGAUGAAGAGGAUGAUGAGGAGGAAAAAGUAUUCUUUGCAACCAGUCACAGUGAUGAUGAUGAUAACGAUGAUGAUGAAGAUCAGGGUGGUACUGGAGUUAAAGUGACUGAAGCAUCAAAUAAAAAGAAUGUUGAUGACUAUAUGAAUGAUGAUGCAAAUGAAGUAUCAGAGGAAGCUGAUGGAGAGGGGGAGCAAGUAGGUGAUCAAAAUGUUGACGAAGCUGAAAACUGA